AUGGCCUUCCUGGCAUGUGUGGCUAGGAAUGACAUAGGCCGGAUUCUUAAGGCAUGGACAUCCUCAUGCUCUGCAACUGAUACUCUGAUAGGAGGGCCCAAAGCAUGUCUCCUUGCUGUGAAUUGUGCCAUUGCAGAGAACUUCUCAAACCUGAUUGUUGAUGAGGAUGCAAAGGUAGUGAUUGAUGAAAUUCACAGGAAGGAAGGCCAGAUAUACUGGAGAAUCCAUUGCUUCGUUGAUGACAUUAAAGAUUUUAUUGAUCUCAGUUCUGUGGAUUGCCACUUCGCCCCAAGGGAAGCUAAACAAACUGCCGACAACCCCUCCGUCGUCUCUGCCUCCUCUGCUUAUUUAAAGUUCAAAUCUCAUCGCAUCGCCGCCUCUGCCUCUCCCUGCCGGAGCAAGAAAUCGAUUAUGAUGGGAGGACUUUCGGGAGCAAUAAUUCAAAAUAGCAGGUUUAUUGUCUGUUUCAUUUCAUUGAUCGUUUGGGGUCUGUGCACGACGGCGAGCUCUGCAAAAUUUUCAAACGGCAAUAAUGGGAGAUGGAGAACAGAGAAAGGAGGAAAUGGGUGCAAUGUGUACGAAGGGACCUGGGUGCCGGACGCGUCCUACCCUCUCUACAACUCGUCGGCGUGUCCAUACAUUCGAAUGGAGUUCAAUUGCCAGAAGUACGGCCGCCCCGACCACGACUACCUCCAUUACCGGUGGCAGCCCCUCCGCUGUGACUUGCCCAGAUUUGAUGGGAUAGAAUUCUUGGAGAGGAACAGGGGGAAGCAGUUAAUGUUUGUGGGUGACUCAGUGAGUAUGAACCAGUGGCAAUCACUGUUGUGCAUGCUUCAUGCGGCCGUCCCCCCCAACUCCAAUGUCACCCUCCACACCAAUGGCUCUAUUUCCACUGCCACCUUCCAGGAGUAUGGAGUGAAGGUGAUGGUGUUUCACUCAUUGUACCUGGUUGACAUUGACGUUGAACAAAUUGGAAGGGUUCUAAAGCUUGAGUCCCUCAGCAAUGGCAAGAUUUGGGAAGACGUAGACGUUUUGAUCUUCAAUACUUGGCUCUGGUGGUAUCGCCGGGGCCCCAAGCAACCGUGGGAUUAUGUGGAGAGCAAUGGGAAGAGAGUGAAGGACAUGGAUCGCAUGGAAGCAUUUAGGGAAGGCUUGACAACUUGGGCCAAGUGGGUUGACUCAGAUGUCAAUCCCCAGAAGUCUAAGGUCUUCUUCCAAGGUGUCUCCCCUUUCCAUUACAAUGGGACGCAGUGGGGGGAGCCAGGAGUGACCAACUGCUCAGCAGAGACAGAACCCCUCAGUGGAUCAAUCUACCCAGCAGGCUUACCAAGCGCACAAAAUGUGAUCAAAGAUGUUCUGAGCACUAUCAAGAAACCAGUCUCUCUGUUGGACAUCACAACCCUUUCCCAGCUAAGAAAAGAUGGACACCCUAGCAAGUACAAUGGCUUCCAUGGCAUGGACUGCACCCAUUGGUGUCUUGCCGGUGUCACUGACACUUGGAACCUGCUACUCUACACUGCCCUAAUUUUUUGACCAUUGCUUGCUCCAUACAGGAAUUGAUAUGCAAAUAUUCAGCAAAAUGGGAAUAAAUAUGCCAUUUAAUUUGAAACCCAAAAGGGGAGUUUAUUUGAUUUGAAAGGCAUAAUAAAAUGUCUAUAGCAUUCAUACCUAUUCAUUUCAUUUUUCAUUUGUGAAAUGUGAUGAUUUAGGGUCAACUCAACCAAAGGGCAAGUGCCCAUUUCAAUUCAAGGACAUUACUUCAUUACAUGUUUGAUUUGGUUGUACCUAUGUCAAUCUCUGAUUCCUCAUUCUAGUUGACUGUUCGUAAAGGGUUUUCUGAAUUCGGAACAUCAGAUAUCCACUUAGGAAAGCCGCCUAUUUUUUCAUAGAAGUGACAUUUUCAAUGAUAAAAUUUCUCAACCCAUGAUCUCCUAAAAAAAAAAAAAAAACGGAACUAAUUUCAAGAUUUCUCAAUUCUUAUUGCAGGGGAGUAGCACCUCAGCAGUGGGGGGGGGCAAUCAUAUCUUCCUGCCUUCAAGGGAAUGGAACCUCCCCACAUGAUCACGCAAUGCACAGGAAAACUUUAGCCCAAAGCAAUGGUUUCUUCACAACUAAAGCAUCAGCCACAAAAUCCCAAUCCCUCACAAACAGAAACAGCAACAGAACCUAAAACUUCCUCUUCCUCUGAUCUUUCUGUGUUUAUAUAAUAACCACACACACUAGCUAACCAACUGCUAGUAAGGCUCAAACAAUGCCUCGUUAUACUAGUACUCUCUUCACCAUCUCCUUCCUUCUACUCCUCUCUUCCUCCUUCAUCUCAACCAAAGGGUCUUUCGAAGAAGAAGUCCCCGAAACCAUACACACGUCUUCAAAGUGCUUGGAGCAGUCCACCCGCCUUCACUUCUACUUACAUGACAUCAUAAGUGGUAAAAACCCAACGGCCGUAAGAAUUGCCGGACCCCCAAACAGUACCUUCAUCAACUUUGGGAACACCAUGAUGAUUGAUGAUCCAUUAACAGAAGGCCCCGAGACCACGUCAAAGCUGGUAGGAAAGGCUCAGGGACUCUAUGCACUGGCUGCACGGGAUGACUUUUCGCUGCUAGUGGUCAUGAACUUUGCUUUCUUGGAAGGGAAGUACAAUGGGAGCACCAUCAGCAUUCUGGGGAGGAAUCCCAUUGCUCAUACUGUGAGGGAAAUGCCGAUCGUCGGCGGCAGUGGGGUUUUCCGGCUUGCCAGGGGCUCUGCUUUGGCUCACCCAGUCUGGGUUAGUGGUGGAGAUGCCACUGUUGAGUACAAUGUUUCUGUGCUGCACCCUGCAGAAACUUGUGACUUGAACCAAAUAUGACAUCUUUCUUUUGCAGGACGACUGGAGUAAGCAGAUUGGAUGGAUUGGUGUUAGGGUGAUCUUAACAUUAUCAUAGUUUGAUAUAUGUAUUUGUUUUUUCUGCUUGAUUGCUGUAUUUGAGACCUUCAUAUGAAGGAGGAAGAGUCUAGGAUGAAGUGCAAUAAAAGAAAUGAUUUAUAAGUCAUAA